AAUGCUGCCGACGCGUGGAGUGAAACGUCAGCCACGUAUGAAAGAUUGUCAAAUCGGAACAUUUCACUUUUGCGAUUGUUGGCUACCAUCGAAAUUGUUAUUUAUUUUAUACUAGAAUUUUAAGUAACUAUAAGAAAGAAUGGCUGCAAAAAUAUUUUCGUUAGUUCUUCUAAUCGUCGCUGCUGUAGUAGCGGACGAGGAAGCAGCUGUCGCUCGGCUACUAGUCUCGAAACAAGUAUUGAACAAAUACUUAGUGGAAAACAUGGAUAUUCUGAUUAAAUACACUCUGUACAAUGUUGGAACAGCUCCAGCGGUGGAUGUGAAGCUCGUGGACAAUGGUUUCCACCCAGAAGUGUUCACGGUUGUUGGUGGGCAACUUACAGCUGAGAUCGACAGAAUUCCCCCACAGACCAACGUAUCACACGUAGUCACCGUUAGGUCGAACAAAUACGGUUAUUUCAACUUUACCGCUGCUGAGGUUACUUACAGGCCAAGCGAAGACUCCACUGAGGUGCAAUUCUCAAUUAGCAGUGCCCCGGGAGAAGGUGCUAUUGUCGCCUUCAAGGACUACGACCGCAAAUUCUCAUCCCACAUUCUUGACUGGGCAGCAUUUGCAGUCAUGACUCUGCCAUCUCUGGCCAUUCCAUUUGGUCUAUGGUAUUCUUCCAAAACAAAAUAUGAGAAACUCGCGAAACCGAAAAAGACUCAUUAGGUUAAGUUUUAGUUAGGUUAGGUAAUUUACAAAAAAGUAGUGAUGUUGAUAAAGAAUAUCCAUUUUAAAACUCAAUUCUGCUUAGAUCCAUUGUCUAUAUGUUGUAUUCACAGUCCGAGUAGUGUUAAUUUAUUUGAUUAUAAAGUGUAAUGUCAUAUCUCAACUGUUAAGAUUUAUAAUUAUAACAUAAAACACUGUUAAUUAAUUUUUUUUAAUUAACUUUGCAUUUUAAACUUAGUCAAUCAAACUCUAUGAUUGUAUUAGCACAAAAUAAUGUACAUCCCUAUUUUAUCCCAACAUUACUUUUCAUGCUCAUUUCGAAUCAUCUUCAUCCUCAUUGUUAUUAAUUUAUAUAAAACAAUAAAUUGAUUUUUAAUUUA